ACAGACCCCCCCCCUCCUUCUCCCGGGCUCUGCUGGCUCGGCUCGGCUCGGGAGCGCACCGGGGCUGCAGCAGCUGCUUCCUGCGGGGCCGACCCGGAGCCGAGAGUACGCUGCUCCCGGGGAGCCCGGGGGGCCCGACGAGCCGGCGGAGGGGCCCGGGGCGGGGGGGCCGGGGGAGAUGAGCUCGGCCGAGGCGGCGCCGGGGCCCGAGAGGGGUGUCAAGAGCGAGAAAGUGGACGAAGCGCAGGCCCUGGCGCGGAGCUGCGCGGCGCGGAGACCCGACUUCCAGCCGUGCGACGGGCUCUCCAUCUGCGCCACCCACAGCCAUGGCAAGUGCUUCAAGCUGCACUGGUGCUGUCACCUAGGCUGGUGCCACUGUAAAUACGUCUACCAGCCCAUGACCCCCGUAGAACAGCUUCCGAGCACGGAGAUUCCCGCCAAACCCCGAGAGCCCACCAACACCAUCCAGAUCUCAGUCUCCCUCAUGGAACACUUCUUGAAAUUCGCAUCCGUCUUCCGACCUCCCCUGCCCCGGGACUCGCCGAGGUUCUGCACGAUUUCCGACCUCUUCAUCGACAGCUAUCAGGUCAAGUGCAUCAAUGGGAAGAUGUGCUACGUGCAGAAGCAGCCCCCGGCCCAUCCCCACCCCGCCAGCCCCGAGGAGGUCUCUGCACACGAUGCCUUAAUUUCAAAAGAGAGCAAUACACCAAAAAUUAACCACUGCUCUUCUCCUUCGAGCUCCGAGGACUCGGGGAUCAACGCCAUCGGGGCUCACUACAUGGAGUCCUGCGACGAGGACACGGAGGAAGGAGCGGAGCUGAGUUCCGAGGAAGAUUACAGCCCCGAGAGCAGCUGGGAGCCGGACGAAUGCACCCUCCUGUCCCCAUCUCAGUCCGACCUGGAAGUCAUUGAAACGAUCGAAACCACUGUGUGAGACCCCGGAGGGCCCCGUAGCCCAGGGAUUGCUGGCAGAGAAGCGAGGCUCCCGAUUUCGGAUCCGUUUCCCCCUCCACUCCAGCGGACGUUCCCUACUGUGUCCCAGUAACGGCUGAGAACUCGGAGCCCCUCGGCGGGCUCCUCCAGUAUGUUUCUCUGUCCCACAGAGCGCUCCCCCGAAGCUUCUAAUCCCAUUCUCGUUUUCCCAUUUUAUAGGUUCCUUGGGUGCCCUGCUUUGUGGCCCUCUCUACUUAGUCAUGAUCGCAAAGCAUCGUGAAGACUUUGAUCAGGACUGGAGGGUGAAGGAGACAUUGUGCACCCAUUGCAGCAUCUGCCUUCCAUCCUCAGCUUGCUCCUUAUCCACGGUGUGAUCCCACUCAACAGCCAUCCCCCUGCCCUGCCCUUCCCCAAAGCCAGUUCCAUUCUAGCCGACCUGUUUUGUUCCGGUCAUCCCCCCUCUCCCCAAGAAUAGAUCAGUUUUGAAAGCGUCACCAAAAUGGCGUCGAGGGCCAAGUCCCAUAACUGCCACAGCAUAGACCAGCCAUAACUGGCCAUUGGGCUGCUGACCAGAUCCUAAGGAUGGAUAUCGGGGACAGACAUUUAUCUGUUCUCCUGGGUGCACCCCAUGCUCCAGGGGGGAAUGUAGGGGUGGGGGGGAGUCCCAGCCAGCAUCACGUUUGUCUUCUUGACCAAGUAGAACACAUAUCCUUAGCGGACUAGAACCUUAGUUUUUGCUCAUUUUGGAGAAAGUAGGGGGGAUGAAUCCUCCAUCUUUGUCUAUUUCUAAGGGCCUGACUGCCCGGUGUCAUCCUUAUUUCCCCUUGAAACUUUGGGAAGAAUUUUUAGGAGGCUCUUUAGGUGCACUUCGUUUUCAGAAUUCAUAGAUCGAUAGAAGUCAAAGGGGCCUUAGAGGUCACCAUCGUUUGAUGGGUAAGGAAACUAAGGCUCCGCUUUGGGAAAGUGACUUGCCCAGAUCACUGGCAGAAUUGCUCUCUGGGCCAUUCUUCUACCCCCUAUUAACGGAAAGCCAGUGGAUCUGAGUGGGCAGAGCCAGGAGGAAGGAGGUGAGGAAUGAAUCCCAAAGCAGGAUCUACCCCGACUUCCUUGAAUGAUAAUGGGAAGAUUGAAAACAGCUUUGCAGAAAUUAAGACAGAGCGGUUGGAUGCAUGGAAUUUUAAUGAAAACUCGAAAACCAUUAAAAUUGUGUUCUUAGAAUUCAAUUUAACUCAAUUCUGUUGAGCAAAUAUUAAGUGCCCACUCUGAGUGAGACACCGUUAGGUGUUAGGAAUACCAGAUGGAAACCAAUGGUCCCUUGCUUCAUGGAACAUAUCCUUUCCCUGGGGGAAGGGGAUAUAAUAUGUAAGCAGAGACCUGAUUCCCGGGAAGGUUCGAGGGAGGCAGAGUAAUCUGUCAACAUCUGAGGGGCAGGGAGUAUGGAGGGAAAAACAGGGAAGGCUUCCCAAAGGAGGUGCAGUGAACCGACCUGGCAGGAAGAUCAUAACAUGUUAGUGUGGGGAGGAGAAAAUUGAGACCACCUGGACUAAACCCCUCGCUUCACAGAGGAAAAAACUGAAACCUAGAAAGGGAAAGAGCCUUGCUCCUGAGAGAGGUUAAACUGGCAGAGGAGUGGGGAGCUGGUGUCCCAGGCAUAGGGAACAACCCGUGGCAAUGAAAGGAGGUAGGAGAUGAGCUAGAUGAGAUCCAGAACAGUAAGAAGCCGAGUUUGGCUGGGGUUCUGUCAGUGGAAGGGAGUGAGGGGAAAUCAGACUAGAGCUAGGUGGUGGGAGGGCCUGAAAUGCUAAGCUAACGAGAAGAGAUUUUAUGAAAUGUUCUUCUGUCAUUUUGCUAUGCUAUUGUUCAUUUUUGGUAGGCUCUCCCCCCCCCCCCCCCCCCCCCCC